AUGUCUUCUCCGGUCCCUUCCUCUCCUACCUCUCCCCUUCAGUCUCGGUCUGAGCAGCGACACCAAUAUCGCCGUCAGGAAAUCUACGAAGAACCGCCCUCUCAGCCACUGCCUUAUGAUUCAAGUAUCGUCCUGUUACAAUCCUUCAACAACUUUUUCGUUGUCGCCAUUCACAAUAUCCUCUACUAUCGGGGAAUCUACCCGCAACCUACCUUUCUCUCUGCUCGCGCCUACAAUCUCCCGGUGCACCAGAACCGCCAUCCCAAGGUCUGCUCCUGGAUACGCGAUGCUGUUAAAGCCGUGGCCGCUCAGAUUGCAGAGGGCCGUGUAUCACGCAUUGCUGUCGUCAUUCACUCCCCUCUCGAAGCAGAAAUGUCGUCUGAUCCCACACAAUCAGCAUCCUCUCAGACCAUCCCACCAGGUUCGGUUCUUGAACGCUGGAUGUUUGACGUCAGCCGAUUCCCCGCGUGGCCUGGUGGUGCCAAGCCAAUGCGAGCCUUUAAAAAAGCCUUAGCAAAAGAGCACAGAAACGAAGACAGUCGAGACGACGAAUACUAUUUCCCCACCGCUCACACAGUGAGCUUGCCCGAUCUCGACGAGCAGUUACGUGGUGCACUGCGAAGGAUGGCGCAUGCUGCCGAGAAGAUGGAUGCCCUGCCAGAGGGAUGUACUUUUACCGUGGCCGUGGAGUUGAGAGACGAGGCCCUUGCUCCCAUUGGGCAUCCCCAAGCGUGGAUUCCCUCUGAACCCAACCUCCAGCCCGCCUCUCGCUCAAGGCCGGAACCAGGCGCAGAUGUUGGAGGUGUCAAGACAACUCCAAUCCGGUCUGUCGAGGCAGGGGCCUUGUUCUUCGAGUGUUGGCUUGAAGAAGGCAAGGCGAAAGAAAUGUUGAACAAGUAG